AUGGCAUCCCCUGCAGCUGCACUACUGACCCUCAGCCUGCUGAUUCUCUGGACCUCUCCUGCUCUGGGUGGUGCCAACGAUGCUGAAGACUGCUGCCUGUCUGUAACCCAGCGCCCCAUCCCUGGGAAUAUCGUGCGGGCCUUUCAUUACCUCCUCAUCAAGGAUGGCUGUAGAGUGCCUGCUGUCGUGUUCACCACACUGAGAGGUCACCAGCUCUGUGCACCCCCAGACCAGCCCUGGGUGGACCGCAUCAUCCGGAGACUGCAGAAGAACACUGCAAAGGCAAGCCCAGCCCUCCCCAGCCCUGCCUCCUCCCUCAGAGUCCUUGCCCAAGACCCCAGACCAUGA